UGGCUGCAUACAUUGUUUUAUGUAUCAAUGCUUGUUCUAAUCUAUUUACAUAUCUCACGUGUUUGCACGUGGUUAUAGUUUACGGCAAGAAAAUACGGUUUUAGAAUGCAUUGAGCCUGAAGAAGAGGGUGUGAGAAUGGACGAGAAGGAAAGCUUAGAAUUAGGAGAAGAUGCAGAGGAAAGUACUGAACCAUUAUUUGAGGAGAACAGGAAAAGAUAUUUGAGUGAUGAAGAAACAGAGCCAACAGAGCCUCAAUCCAAGAUUCAGCGUAUAGAAUACACUAAUACUGGAGGAGCAUACCCUUCAAUGGAUGAUGACAUCAUUAGGGUUAUUAAUACCAGUGGGGACUGUAUUUACUUACCAAUAAAGAAUGAACAACAUUUACACAACAAGAAAAAUUUUAAAGCAUUGAAGUCACAGCUUCUUUCCGUCCCUUUUAAAGAGCUAUUGAGUUCAGUAGAAGAAAAGAGGUACAGCAGAUUAAUGGAAGCAGCUGAUGCAGACUUUAUAAAUGAAGAAUAUUCUAUUGACCUAAUGAAAGAUGGAUCAGAAUCACUGCUGUGGGCCGACAAGUAUUCUCCAAGAGAAUAUAUACAACUACUCAGUGAUGAUAGUGUUAAUCGCUCGUUGUUGUCGUGGCUUAAACUAUGGGACGAGACCGUUUUUAGUAAACCAUCUCACCUCAGAGACACUGUCAACAUACAGUCAGGGAAAGACCCUAAGAAAACAAGAGGCAGAGGAGGAGAGAGAGGAAGAGGAAGGGGAGGAGGGCACGUUGGACAUAAGCCGUGGGAGAUUUACGAUCCUAAGACAUUUGCUACUAAUGAUGCACUAGAUGAGCACCGCAGGCCGAAACAGAAGAUAGUUCUCUUGUGUGGUCCUCCUGGUAUUGGUAAGACUACAUUAGCUCAUACUGUUGCCAGGCAGUGUGGAUACAAUAUAGUGGAGGUUAAUGCCAGUGAUGACAGAAGUGCCGAUGUAUUUCGUAAAAUCCUCGAGUCUUCGACUGAAAUGCAGUCGGUCCUCACCUCAAGCAGUAAACCAAAUUGUUUGAUCAUUGAUGAGAUUGAUGGAGCACCUGCUGCUGCCAUUAAUGUACUGGUGGAUGUUAUAAAGACAAAGAAUCCAACUAGAGGUAAAAAGUCCAGACCUCUUCUUUCACGGCCUGUCAUUUGUAUAUGCAAUGAUUUGUAUGCUACUUCCCUGAGGACCUUGAAGCAGCUUGCUGUAGUCUUCACAGUCCCCAUUACUGUCACUGGUAAACUAGCCAACAGGCUGAUGGAUGUGUGUAGGAGAGAAGGAAUAUCAACUACCACUUCAACACUAAUGGCGCUCUGUGAGAAAACAGACAAUGAUAUUAGAACCUGCUUGAAUACGCUACAGUUUAUUCAUCGUAAAAGGGCUGAUAUUUCCCUGUCAGCGGUACAGGCGAUGUCAGUGGGGCAGAAAGACUCACAGAGAAGCCUUCUUUAUUUCUGGAAAGAAGUCUUCAAGCUACCUUCUGCCAAAAAAUACACUUACAUUGGUAGUGGUAUGAGCUCAGACAAUGAUCGUAGAAGUAAUGAGAAUGUUCAGUUUAACAGAUUCUGGCAUAUUUUAUCUGAAGCCUCAAGCACAGGAGAGUACGAGAGAGUUAUGCAAGGACUUUUUGAGAACUAUCUCAAUGUGAAGAUAAGAGAUCCAGGAAUGGCAAUAGUAGCAGAGACUCAGGAUUGGAUCAUGUUCUAUCAGUCGUUGUCUUCAGCAAUGCUCUCAUCUCAAGUCUUCCAGUUAAUGGCGUACAUGCCUUUUGUAUCGGUCGUCUUUCACUUCUUUUAUGCUGUCUCUGUCACCGGCUACCGUGUCCAAUACCCUCACACACAAUUCGAAAAUAAUCAGAAGUAUCAGCGAUACAGUCAGUUAGUUUCUCAGCUGCUGGUUGAUUCUCAUCCUCUUGUGAAACGUGAUAUCGACCCAUAUAGCUCCGCUGUGUAUUUCAUUCCGACAUUACUGGAUGUCAUCAGACCCAACUUAAGACCAGUCAAUAUCCAGUUGUACACUCAGUCUGAAAAGUCACUAUUGUCUGACAUAGUCAAUACAAUGAUCUCGUAUAAUUUAACUUAUAUUCAAGAGAGAACACCAGAUGGACAAUAUACUUAUAAUCUUGAACCUGAUCUUGGUGACCUGUGUCAGUUCCCAGGGUUACCUCAAAAGAAACAGCUGCAGUAUGGUACUAAACAAAUGCUAGCCAGAGAAAUUGAAGUAGCUAAAGUGAAAAGACAUGCUAAAUCUGAAGCUCCAACAGUAGCAGCGCCUGUAAAAACCACCCCCAGCAGCAAGUUAUCAAUAGCUGCUUCUGUUCCUCAAAGAAAAAAGGUUGCACGGGAUUUCUUUGGACGACCAAUCACAAAGAGAGCAAGAGAGGAGGGGGAGGGAGAGGCCAAAGAGGCUGCUAAUGAUAGUCGUACCUCAGCUGCAGUUUGGUUUAAAUUUAACGAGGGUUUUUCGGAUGCUAUAAAGAAAACUGUCCGAAUGAAAGAUCUGUUAUAAUGAUAAUAAUAUAAUAAUAAUAAAUAAAUAAAAAUGAUGAUAAUAAUAAUAAGAUUCAUUAGUAUUCACAGAGCUGAUGGUA